AUGAACCUGAAGAAGUACUUCAUUCGAGCGCUGCACCGCCUGCAGAAGGGCCCUGGCUACACCUACAAGGAGCUGCUGGUCUGGUACUGCGACAACACCAACACCCACGGCCCGAAGCGCAUCAUCAAAGAGGGGCCGAAGAAGAAAUUAAUCUGGUUCUUCCUAACGCUCCUCUUUGCGUCUCUGGUCUUCUGGCAGUGGGGCAUCCUCAUCAACACCUACCUCUCCUAUAACGUCACUUCAUCUCUCUCUAUUGGCUUUAAGACCAUGAAGUUCCCAGCAGUCACGGUCUGCAAUGCCAACCCUUUCAAAUACUCAGAGGUGAAGCAUCUGCUGAAAGAACUGGACAGGCUCAUUGAAGCGGCACUGGAGAGGAUCCUGCAGCCCACACCGGGGAACAGCAGCGAGAAUACCUCCCCGCCGCUCGACCUGGGGCUCUGGCACCAGAUACCUCUGGUCCUCAUCGACGAGCACGACAAAGACAACCCCGUCAUCCUGGACAUCUUUGAGAACAACCAGACUGCUGGGGGCAACCAGACUGCUGCGGGCAACCAAACCGCUGCGGGGAACCAAAACUCUGCUGGCAACCAAACCGCUGCAGGGAACCAAACCGCUGCGGGGAACCAAAACUCUGCUGGCAACCAAACCGCUGCGGGCAACCAAACCUCUGCGGGGAACCAAACCACUGCAGGCAACCAAACUGCUGCGGGGAACCAAACCUCUGCGGGGAACCAAAACUCUGUGGGGAACCAAACCGCUGCUCCACCUGCCCCAGCCAACGCAACGUCGGAAGAAAAGAAGUACAAGCUGGCGGUGAAGCUGCACAGAGACCUGCCUGCCGUGUGUCCCCAGUGCAGCCAUCAGGGCUCCGACAACUGCACCUACAGGAACUUCACCAGCGCGGCGCAGGCGGUGACCGAGUGGUACAUCCUGCAGUCCACCAGCAUCCUCUCCAAAGUCCCGCUGCAAGAGAGAAUCAGGAUGGGCUACCAGGCAGAAGACAUGAUCCUGGCGUGUCUCUAUGGGGCCGAACCCUGCAACUACAAGAACUUCACCCAAAUCUAUCACCCAGACCACGGUAACUGCUACAUCUUUAACUGGGGCAUGGAUGAAGAGGCUUUGAAUUCUUCCAACCCUGGAGCUGAGUUUGGGCUGAAGUUAAUUCUGGACAUCAGCCAGCAAGACUAUAUCCCCUACCUGUCAUCUGCUGCCGGGGCCAGGCUCAUGCUGCAUCAACAGAAGAGCUUCCCCUUCCUUAAGGAUCAGGGCAUCUAUGCAAUGGCCGGGACGGAAACCUCCAUCGGCGUGUUAGUGGAUGAACUGGAACGGAUGGGCUAUCCCUACAGUGACUGCACCAUGAACGGGUCUGACGUCCCAGUCAAAAAUCUCUAUAGCCAAUAUAAUACCUCCUAUUCCAUACAGGCUUGCCUGCGCUCUUGUUUCCAAAAUCACAUGAUUGAAAUCUGUGGAUGUGGUCACUAUAUGUUUCCUUUACCUGAAGGGGUAAAUUAUUGCAAUAACGAAGAUAACCCAGGUUGGGCAUAUUGCUAUUCAUCACUGAGAUCAAGUAUAAGACACAGACAGAUUUGUAUUGACUCAUGUAAGGAAACAUGCAACGACACACAGUAUAAGAUGACCAUCUCCAUGGCAGACUGGCCGUCUGAAGCUUCGGAGGACUGGAUUUUCCAUAUUCUGUCUUAUGAAAGGGAUAUGUCAACAAACGUGACUCUGGACAGAAACGGGAUCAUCAAGCUGAACAUUUACUUCCAGGAAUACAACUACCGCACCAUCUCAGAGUCUGCCGCCACGACGAUCGUUUGGCUGCUGUCGAGCCUGGGAGGCCAGUUUGGGUUCUGGAUGGGGGGCUCGGUGCUGUGCCUCAUCGAGUUCGGGGAAAUCAUCAUCGACUCGCUGUGGAUCACCAUUAUUAACGUGAUCAGCUGGUGCAAAGGCCUGAAGCAGAAGCGGGUGCAGGCACGGUACCCGGACGCACCCCCAACGGUGUCGGAGCUGGUGGAGGCUCACACCAAUCUGGGCUUCCAGCACGAGGACACGGGUGCCCUCCCCAGGGACGAGGUGCUGCCCCCUGAGCCCGGCACCCCCCCGCCCAACUACGACUCGCUGCGCGUCCAGCCCCUCGACGUCCUCGGUCCUGACAGCGACACAGAAACCGAGUGA